UCUCAGUGGAUCAGCAGACAACCGCCGCUGGCGAACAUACGCUUCAUUACGUAUGUGCCUCACGAACCCACCUCUUGGUCACGAGAAAUUAUAUUCCGGCGUUACCUACGCCCCUACCUGAUUGGGGAAGAUGGACCUGCAAGCGGGCCCCACCCUGCUCUGCGGUCACGGAUCGCGCGUACCCUGGCUGAGAGGAGGUGGGAUGCGGGAGUGUAUAUACGAUGCGACCGGACUAGGAUUCUUGUUUCGAUCGGGUUCUCUUCGCCAGAAAUAUCAGAUCCCUUUCCUAAGCUCGACAGCUCGGCGGCCGCUUGAUGAUGGGGAGGGACGGUGGUUUUGGUGGGUCUUGUCCUUGAGGCUUCGGAGGAGAGUGCUUAGCUAGCUGCUUAUGAUCGACGAGUAAAAGCUGCGAGGGAGAUGUUCGCGAGCCGGCCGGCGGUACACCCCGUGGAGGCUCCGCCCCUCGCGGAUGCGGCCGAGAACCCGCUCGGUGUGAGGAUGAAGGACGUACAGGGCAUGCCGGGGACGCCCGGCGGCCUUGCCCUGCGCCUCGUCCAGUUCGCAUUUGCCGUCGGCGCGCUCGGCGUCAUGACCUCCACCAGCGAUUUCCCCUCCGUCACCGCCUUCUGCUCUCUGGUUGCAGCAGCCAUCUUACAGAGCUUGUGGAGUAUCUCAUUAGCUUUUCUGGAUGUAUACGCUCUACUAGUGAGGCGCUGCUUGCGGAAUCGCCGAGCUCUUUGUUGGUUUACUAUUGGGGAUGGGAUCACAGCCACAUUGACGUUUGCUUCUGCUUGUGCAUCUGCUGGCAUUACGGUACUGAUUAGUAAUGAUCUCAACUUAUGCUCAGAGAACCACUGUACAAGCUUUGAGACUGCUGCAGCGAUGGCCUUCAUCGGUUGGUUUGCAGUCUCUCCAUCUUUUCUCUUGAAUUUGUGGUCAUUGGCAUGCAGGUGAAAGAUGAGAAGAAAUGGCUACUCAUUACUGUCUAUUUGGGUGUGGCCUCGAAGUUCUUUUUCUUUUUUUGUUGUUGAUGGUUGAUUUCCCGUUGCUGUAAUUUGUAUCUUAUAAUGAUGCUGGUUUGAGAUGUGCAA